AGUGUGGGUCUAGGCUGCUCUGAGAGAUAGACGCUGAGGACGUCCAGAAAAAUGAAACACUCAUCGUUUGCCUCGCUGGUUUACCUGCUGGUGGGCGUAGCUUGGGAGGUGCCGGUGGAGGGUCGUCCUGAUGAACAGUUGGGCAUGAUGGUGAGCCAGGUGGUGAGGGAACACCUGCUUGGGUGUCACCUAAUGUUGGCCACCACAACAAAACACUCCCCUGUUUACUCACAAAUAAUCAGACAUCUGGCGGCGGAGAUGGAAACUGCGGUUGUGGUAGAGACAACGGUGAUGUUCUCCCAGGACCAGCCAACUCAUGAGGAGCGCCACCUCCUGCAGGGGCUGUGGGGUGAUGCCACUCUCUCCUGCCACGUUCUCAUCCUAGACAACACCGCCAGAGAGAGUCACUCCAUCGUCAGGUUCCUGGAGCGGUGUAGGCUGUGGCUGAGGCCGGAGACCCGCGUGGUAGUUGUGGGUGUGAAGUCUGGCGUGGAGACCCUCCUCCUUCACCACGCCCUCCGCAACACUAACCACGCCCUGUACCUCGCUCUCCUCAACCUUAGUCGUUAUGUUGUCACACCUGACACUAAUAUUAGGAAGAGAAGACCUGAUGAAGGGAGUGAGAGUGUGGAGGUGUACCGACGGUGUAUGUACUGUAACAACGGGAAGGAAGACGCGCAGCUGCUGUACCUCUGGGACCUCACUAUUGGUGUCCCCAGCGGCCUCCACUUUUUCUAUGACCAGCCUGAAAACUUCAUGGGCAGGCAGUUCAGGAUCGUCACCAAGAGUUACUUCCCCUACAUCAGCACGGAAAGGGAGAGCGAGGAGCCAGGGAGUACUCGGGUUUUCCUGGAAGACUCACUCGACAGUCGUAUGAUCCACGCCAUGGCUUCCUACCUCAACUUUACUUAUGACAUCAGGGAACCACUAGAUCGGCAGUGGGGUUUACCAGCAGAAGGCGGCAACUUCACCGGCCUCGUAGGGGACCUCCAAUACGAGAAGGCAGAUUUUUCCCUUGACCUCACCGUCACGACCGAAAGAGCCUCCGUGGUGCACUUUUGUCGGGUAUAUAUUGAUGAGUCAGUGAUCAUUUUGUCCUUGAAGCCACAACCUUUACCAGAAUACCUGUCACUCAUUCGUCCAUUUGUAGGUGAGCUGUGGCUCAUCCUGCUGGUGGGCAUCUUCAUGUGGGGCGUGACACUGUGGUUGUUGCAGAAGGUGUGGUCAUGGGCGUCAGGUGGGCGGAGUUUCACCCUCACCUCUGCCCUCUUCUACAGCUGGGGCGUCAUACUGGAGGACCCACCAGCUGAUCCUCCCAACAACAUCACUGCUCAGGUACUGGUCGGGUGGUGGCUGGUGUUCAGCUUUGUGAUGACGUCCGCCUACAGGUCGUCACUCAUUUCUCACCUGGUGGUGCAGCGGAAGUCCCCGGCCAUCAACAGUGUAGAUGACCUAGUGGCGCAGGAUGGGUGGCGCUGGAUGACACGGCGUAUGACGGGCGCUCUCCUCCUUUACCUCAAGAGCAGCCCUGACCCAGCCACCCAGAAGAUGUACCUCGGCAUGCAGGCUGAGAGUUUUGAGAAGGGCAUGGAACUAGUGCUGAAGGGCGGCCACUCUUAUAUCUACAGUGAGUACUACUCCAAGACGAUGGUCGCCACCCGUUACACCGACAAGCUGGGUUACACGCCCAUCCACAUCAGCGCCACAGAAUACCCACUUUUUGCUGGUAAUGCUUGGGCAUUCAGGAAGGUGGCACCGUUCCUGCGUCGUCUCGACCUAGCCAUACAGCGACUACUGGAAGCUGGUCUCAUCAAGUACUGGAUGGAUGACGUCAUCUCCACCCGCGUGAGGAACACCAGACGACAACAGCAGGAGGAAGAGGCCGGGAAGAACCAGGAGAAAGACGAUAACACUAUUUAUCAAAACGAUGGAGAGCAGGUGGUGCUGGGGCUCCACCACUUGCAAGUUACCUUCUACUUCCUGGUGUUUGGUUACGCCAUCGGCCUCCUUACCUUCUUACUGGAGUAUCUCAUAUACACCCUCUGUUGACAUCACACACUUCUUACACUCAUCCUCUAAACCUCACACACCUCUUACACUCCUCCUGUUAACCUCACACACCUCUUACACUCCUCCUGUUAACCU